GCUGUACAAAAUAUACUGUUCAGAGCUCACUGCUUCGUGUUUAUCCAACUCCACUUAUGGCGUAACGGCGUUGAUAAGAACAUUGUAGGGGGAAAAAUGAAUACUUUAUCGUGAUUAUAUUUACACCAAGAGGGAGGCUUUCCCUGAGACUCACUUGUUCUCUGGACACUCCUUGUUUUUUGGGAUUUUUUCCGCUGGAUGUGGACCGAGUUGAGCGGAAUCCCAGCAAAACGUUCCCUGGUGGUUUGGCAAUGGCAACUGCACUCAGUGGUCGAAACCCGGGUGGACGUGGACCAAACCGAAAUAAGGGUCGGAUUUUAGGCUUCAUUGACGCCAUUCAGGAUGCAGUGGGGCCACCAAAGCAGGCUGCUGCUGACCGGCGGACGGUUGAGAAAACGUGGAAACUCAUGGAUAAAGUUGUCCGACUCUGCCAAAACCCCAGACUUCAGCUGAAAAACAGCCCACCAUACAUCCUGGAUAUCUUACACGAUGCCUACCAGCACCUAAAGCUCAUACUGGGCAAAUACGAAGAGAACCAGAGACUCACGCAGCUCAGUGAGAAUGAGUACUUCAAAAUUUAUAUCGAUAGCCUUAUGAAAAAGUCCAAACGUGCCAUUCGGCUCUUCAAGGAGGGGAAGGAGAGGAUGUACGAGGAGCAGUCACAAGACAGGAGGAAUCUGACGAAGCUGUCUCUGAUCUUCAGCCACAUGCUGGCUGAAAUCAAAGCCAUUUUCCCUGGAGGACAGUUUCAAGGGGACACAUUCAGAAUCACCAAAGCUGAUGCCGCUGACUUCUGGAGGAGAUUUUUUGAUGAAAAGACAAUAGUGCCAUGGAAAGUCUUUCGGCAGUGCCUUCAUGAAGUCCAUCCUAUCAGCUCCGGGCUGGAGGCCAUGGCCCUGAAAUCUACCAUCGACCUCACCUGCAAUGAUUACAUCUCUGUUUUUGAGUUUGACAUCUUCACACGUCUCUUCCAGCCAUGGGGAUCAAUUCUGAGGAACUGGAACUUUUUGGCAGUAACGCACCCCGGCUACAUGGCUUUCCUUACAUACGAUGAAGUCAAAGCUCGACUGCACAAGUACAUCAACAAGCCUGGCAGUUACAUCUUUCGCCUGAGCUGUACACGACUGGGUCAGUGGGCCAUUGGUUAUGUGACCAGUGAUGGCAACAUCCUGCAGACCAUUCCCAACAACAAGCCGCUUUUCCAGGCCCUUAUCGAUGGCUACAGGGAGGGUUUCUAUUUAUUUCCUGAUGGGCGGAGCUACAAUCCUGAUCUCACCGGUUUGUGUGAGCCAACGCCUCACGAUCACAUUAAAGUCACACAGGAGCAGUAUGAGCUGUACUGUGAAAUGGGCUCCACCUUCCAGCUUUGUAAGAUCUGUGCCGAAAACGAUAAAGACGUCAAGAUCGAGCCCUGUGGUCACCUCAUGUGCACUUCAUGUCUUACAGCCUGGCAGGAGUCAGAUGGCCAGGGUUGUCCGUUCUGCCGCUGUGAGAUCAAAGGCACAGAGCCCAUCAUUGUGGAUCCCUUUGACCCACGAAAUGAGGGCUCUAAGUGUUUCUUCUUGGACCAACACAGCUGCCCCAUGUUGGAGCUGGAUGAGGAAGAAGACCGAGAAGACUGUCUGGUGAUGAAUGGCCUGGCCAACAUUAGGAAGCACUGUACUGAGCAUCAGAACUCACCUAUGGUGUCUCCCAGUUCCUCACCCGUUAGCCAGCACAGAAAAACCCACGGAGGAGGAGACCCCAGUCUCUGCGUCCAACAUCUUGGCCUUCCCCCUGUUCCACCAAGACUCGACCUCAUCCAGAAAGGCGCCAUCCGCUCCCCCUCUGCCAGUCCAACUGGUUCCCCAAAGUCUUCACCAGGUGUGUCCAGGAAGCAGGACAAGCCUCUCCCAGCGCCUCCACCUCCUCAGAGGGACCCACCACCACCUCCCCCUGAGCGUCCUCCUCCCAUCCCUCCAGAGACACGCCACUCAUGGUUCCCCAACACCUCCUCCUCCUCUUUGAACUCCUCCAUGUCAUCUUCCACGGGCACGCUGACUGACUCCCCCGCAGCCCCCGAGACACGCUGCAUCAAAGACGGCACCAUGGCAGAUGUUCACAGGACUGGAGCCGAGCUGCCACUGCAGCUAGGACACAUGGGCUUCUCUCACCUAAAUGGAAGACCGCUCAGUUGUCCGUCUGGAGGAUUUGGGAGGGUACAUCAUAGAAUGGAGAGGACGGGAAACUCAGACAACUUCAAGCCCUUUUCCAACGGCGUCCAAGCCAGCGAUGACUAUGACAUCCUUCCCUCGCGGCACUCACCAACUCCUCCUGUCCAUACCCACAGCCAAAAAGCGCCAAACCCUUUCAGCAGCCCUGCAGUUGACAGACCGAGAGGAAUGAUGCCCGAGGACGACUAUCAGAUCCCUUCAUCAAACCUCUGCCUCAGUCAAGCCCCCAUCUGCAUCUCUGUACCCAGCAGGCAUUUGGAGAACGGAUCCCCAGAGCCCUCCAUAGAGGAGAGGAAGCCGAGACCUGAGCCUGGUGGGCUUUCUGACUCAGUCAGAGCGUUGGUCCCGGGAGCAUCACAUAGUGCCCUCUGUCCCCUGAGCACCAACAAGACACCCUCGGACUAUGACAUUCUACUGCCUUCCCAAGAAGACCUAUUCAACAGUCGCCCUCCUUCUCAGCCACCUCCUCCUCCUCCUCCACCACCACCACCGGUGCGGCAUAGUUUCUCUGAUCUCACCUCCUCUUCAUCCUCCACGUCGUCCUCGUCUGUCAUCGCCCGACCUCACAGGCCUUCCUCUGGACAUGAGCAAUUGUUGUUGACCCCUGACGCGGUGUUUGACAUGCUGAACAGCGCUGCUCCUUUGCCUCCACUUAGACGACAAGCUGGAGAAAAUAUUAAAGGUCUCUCCAGAGGCUGCCUGGAGUAUGACCACCUACCAUCCAGUCAAGUAUCGAUGGACUGUUUGCAGGCCCCCGCCAGACCACCCAAACCACUGCCCAGGAAAAUUCCUCCCGACAUUCAGCCCAGCAAACCCCACAGCCUGCACUCAGCCAGCGAGACCCUAGACGCCAAGAUCGCCAAGCUGAUGGGGGAGGGUUACUCCUUCGAGGACGUCAAGCGGGCGCUGACGAUCGCUCAGAACAAAGUCGAUGUGGCCCGAAAUAUCCUGCGCGAGUUUGCCUUAGUGGCCCCGAGACUGAACCUGUAGUCCCAGAGACAGUGAAGAGGAGCCGUGUUUCUGAAAGGACAGACUUUAAAAUAAAUAAAGGGCUUUGUCAGUUUGAGUUCGGGAUGGACAACAACUACACCAAUGAAAAAAACCCAGAACACAGGGAGUCAAAAGUUUCACCUGGUCACAGCGAAGUGUGCUGGUGCUGGAUUCUGGUUUUCAAACGCUCCCAGUGUGUCUGGACUUUCUGCCUGUUCUGAAGCUCUGAUCCUGCUACUGCUGCUACCGUCACAUCCUGCCGCCCCUCCAAACGUCACUUUGAAGGGUCUCAUCACAGAAACAUUCCCAGCUCUUUAGACGCCCGGCAUUGUGAGACCUUUGUAUUUACAGCCAGUGGGGGGAGCCAGACUCCAACAUUUGCCUUGUCUUAACCCCCUCCAGUGUCUCCUCUGUCUCCCACUUACCUCCCAGCCUUCCCUCCAGAGAAUUCUUGCCUGUUUGUAAAACGUCUGGCUGACUUGUAGGUCUUAAAGUUCUGAGGAGAUGGGAGCGGAUGGACAGAGCCAGAGAUGCCUUAUUGAUUCACAAAUUAUCCCCCAGAUCAGGAGAAAAGCGUGCGAUGGCUCCAAGACGAGCGCUGUCCUCGCACUCUGUGAGUUAUUUAGACAAUAAGAGCGGAGAGGAGAGGGUUUGUUUCAUUCUGUGCUGUUCCCAGACUAGAGGAUUAAUCUGCUGGGGCCUUUUUUUAAUUACUUUCUUCAUGUGAGGACAGCCAGCCUAUGAAUGUAUUUGUUCUGCAUGAGCGAGUCGUAGCUUUGUGCACACAGGUCACCUCUUCAGGGUGGAAAGGCUGAUCUAUUUUUUUUUUCCCUUUUAAAUUCCACCGUGUCAAAAGCUAAAAGACCUCAUAACGCCUGCGUGUGCAUGUCCGUGCCUCAGUGUCAGCUCAAGCAUUUAAACAAUCGACCUGUUGUGAACGUCUGUUAGAACCAGGAGACCACACCCUCUGCAGGGGUGACAUGACACCCACGGGCAUCGCUCGACCAAAACGCCGGCGUUCCCGACAGAUCUGAGGAAGCGCUCGAAAUCUCCCAGUCACUUUGGCGCUGUAGCAGUUAUGACACAUUUCAUUGAUAAGAUAGUGAUGAACAGGGUACGCUCCUUUUGGCACAAACCUUUUGGUACUAAAUCCCAAAUACUUUGCCCAGAACUUUCCUGAAAAGGAGCUGUGUAGUUCCUGGAGACGACUUACUUGCAUUCAGACCCUUUAAGUGCUGUGAAGGUUUUGUCAGUUGAAAGAAGACAACUUGUAGUCUUCUGCUUCGUCUGUCAGAGCCACUUUGGUUAUUGUGAUUUUCUUUUAUUAACACGUUUUAGCUUUUGGAUUUUUACCCCUGUAGCACUGCGACACUGAAUGACUUCGUAAUUGUGAGUUGAUGACUUGUCUGCAUUGUGCUUUCUCCUCCUGCUCAGCGUACACUUUGUUGUGUUUUUCAUUUUCUACAAACUUUGCUGUUAUUUCAAAGGGACCAGUGCCAAAUCCUAGUUUUUAUUUCUUUGUUUUUAAAGAAGUUGUUCACAUUCACUGGUUGUUCCCGUUUGUGGACUCUGCCAUAAAACAGCCGGAGCCUGACUCGGUUACAAAUAUUCACCUCUUCUCUUUUGUUUACAG